AAGAAUACUUUUUUAAAUGCUCGGAAGGAUUGCUCUGUUUUUGAGUGUGUUGUAUGUGCUCCUUAAUACUUUUUUGCUGCGCUGGGCAGCAGAGAAAAUACCACAUAUGAUUGAUGACGAUGAGGAGCACUUUAAUGCUACGCUGAAGAAACUAUUAAAGCCGCGAUAUGUUGGCAGCCCAGGGCACUCCGAGGUUGGUGACUUUAUCGAACAGGAGCUAUUGCGCUUGGAUUUAAUGGUAGCUCGGCAUGACUUUCAAAUGGGAGCUAAUUUCACCAAUUUGGCUGGCAUUUUAAAUCAUGAUGCAGAGCAUUUGUUAAUUCUAACAUGCCACUACGAUAGCCAAGCCCCAACGGAUGGGGUCAAGGAAGCCUUUCUUGGAGCCACCGAAGGAGCGGUAUCUUGUGCCAUUCUCCUCAAUGUUGCCAAAACGUUGAGAACGUUUUUCAAAGAUCUUUCUAAAAAAAAAGGUGAUAUGGGUCUGGCUCUAAUAUUCUUUGAUGGCAAUAAUCCCUUGCCUUCGGAACCUGAAGAGGAAAAUGGACUGAAAGGUUCCAGAAGCUUUGUAGAUGCCGAAUAUAUUCCUUUCCCUGCAAUGGCUGCUACAGUCACCCUUGGUUUUAUCGGAGCUCCUAAUCAAACUUUCGUGAGCCAGUUUGAAGACACCAAUGACCUCUUCAAUGUCCUUGCUGACAUAGAAACGGAUCUAAGAAAUGCUGGAGAGCUUGCUGACUGUCAUGUUUUGUUCCAAAAGGAAAAGCAAUAUGACAAUGAUCAGAUUGACGAUCAUCUUAUUUUCGAGGAAUUCGGUGUACCAGUAAUGCACUUAGCUCCACAAGAAUUCCCCAAAGUUCUUUAUACGGCAGAUGAUAAUGCCGAAAACUUGCAUUGGCCUACCAUUCGGAAUAUGAACAAAAUUAUACGCAGAUUUGUAUAUCAUUUCUGUGAACUAUGGGGAUCCUAUGUGUUUUUAAGGGAUAGAUUUGUUUCAUACUAUGAUUUGGAUAACGAUUAAAAGCAAUUCUAAAUAUUUUUAAAAACUCCUAAA